CACUUAUUUAGUUUUAGUAUACAGGAUUCAGCUACAUAAGGGACAAGAAGCCUUCCUGAAAGAAGUUCAUUGCCAGAUUCCAGCAUGAAAGCUGGGAGUUUUCUUAUCGUAUUGGAACUGUGUGGCAAAAUGUUUUUAUCCAAUGCAGACGGUGGGAUUUCAAGAGAUCAAGAACAGCAGAGUUUCUUACACAAUUCUUGGCCUUUCAAUGACUCUGAUAAACAAUAUCCACAUCAAAACGUAUCAGAUCCAGCUGGUGAAGAAGAAUCCACACCAGCCUUUUCAAUGCACAACUUCACUGAGAGGAAUGCCGAUUUUGGAUUUGAUCUUUAUCGGAAAAUAUCUCUGACACAUGACAACAAUAUGUUUAUCUCUCCUUUGUCACUGUCAUUCAUUUUGGCAGUUUUUACGCAGGCUUCCAGAGGGGAAACGCACAAUCAAAUUGUUAAAGCUCUAAACCUCCAUGAGUUGGAUAUUGAAGGAAAUCGGCUCCCAGCUUUUUUCCGCCAGCUGAAAAGCAAUAUCACCAAGAACAAGGAAUUCACGCUUUUGCAUGAAACCACCUCUUUCAUCCAGAAAGACUUCGGGAUAAACGACAUCUUCCAUAACAUGUCAAAGCAAUACUUUGACAUGGAAUUCCUGAAGGUUGAUUUCCAUAACUCUACUUUAGCUAAAAACAUCAUCAACCAGCACAUUAAACUAAAGACCAGAGGGAAAAUCCCCACAUUGUUUGAUAAAUUAGAUCAGCAAGCUAAAAUCGUUCUGGUGGAUUACAUUCAUUUUAAAGGCAAAUGGCUGCACCCAUUUUCUACUACGUUCACAGAACUAGAAACCUUCUAUGUAGACAAUUACAAUACUGUCCAAGUGCCCAUGGAUGUUCAAGACAAUAAGCAUUGCCUCUACUUUUGAUAAGAUUUGCACUGUGUUGUGCUAAAGAUUCCCAUAGAGGGAUGUGCGCACAUGCUGAUUGCCAUGCCUCGGGAAGGAGAUUUCAUUUCCCUGGAAGAUCACUUAUCGGCUGCCCUUGUGGAGUCUUGGCUUAGAAGCAUGAGAACCAGAAAAACGGAUAUUUACUUUCCAAAGUUCAAACUAGACCAAAAAUACAACAUGCAUCAAUUGCUUCAAGAUCUGGGAAUUAAAGAUCUUUUCUCUAACAAAGCGGACUUGAGCCCACUCACAGAUCAGACAUAUGUAAAAGUGUCACAGGUCCUCCAAAGAGCAUGUGUUGAAGUAGAUGAGGCAGGAACCGAAGCUGCAGCUGCCACGGGAUCAGAUAUCAUAGCCUAUUCGAUGCCUCACAUCAUCCAUGUGAAUCGGCCAUUCAUUUUUAUGAUCUAUGAAGAGUUCACAAAGGCCUUGCUGUUUGUGGGUAGAGUUGCCAACCCUACGGAAUUCUGAGGUACCAAAGCAUCUGUUCGAUGGGCUUCUAACAAUUCAUUUAAAGCUGGAAAGCACUGUUUUGGAAAUCCAAAGAUGUAUUUGUUCUGAAGCAAUAAAAAGGAUUUAUGAAGAUAUUACAAGAACAAAGAAUGUCACUGAGCCCCAAGCAGGAUUUGUUCAUCUUCAGAUCUUCUACUUUAUUGCCCUGUUAGCUUGUGUUGUCCAGAAAGGUGUUUCCCGCCUAUGAUCCUUUCCUUUGACAUGCCAAAAACUAUCUGACACUGGAUAGUGUCAGAUAGUGAAUUCUGGAUAGUGAAAUAGACACUGGAGUUGAGUUGUAUAUACAGAAGGCAAAAGGCACCAGAUUGUUGUAUUAAAACUCCCUCCUGAUCCAGCUCACACAUACACACAUCGAUUCUAAAUGAAAAGGUAAGGGAGAUCGUAUAGCAGAUCUCCAACGUCUCAUCCAAUCUGGCCUUCAGACACACGAAAACUUCAUGUGCACACCUAUUUUACUGUAUGCACACUAAACAAUCAACAGUAAGCAAGCGUACUAUUUACUUACUUUCAUUUCACAUUUCAAUAAUUUAACUAUUAUGCUGCCUGUUAAUUAAUCUGAUCUAAACACUAUCGAGCUUCUGUAUACUAUCAUUAAAUUAGACCAGACUUCCCAUUUCACCUGAUAUCUUGAAAAAAAGUGAGUGGUUCCUAGAAUGUCAUCCUUGACUCUAUGAUGUCACUUCUGGUUUUUCCUGGAAGUGAGGUUGUGCACUGGCAGCCCCCUGCCCAGCCCAGUUUUUCUCCUGCCAGCUUGAAAAUGCUGGUAGGGAACAACAUUAAGAGGCUAUAGUAGGAGAAAAGUCAAUUCUAACAGACUCCUCCGUGGACCUUCCAUAAUUGCUGCAAAUGCCUCUGCAUUUACAGCAGCAAAACAUGUGCAACAGGGAAUUGUCUGUGUGUGGAUGGAGCUAGAGGGGCAAUGCUAGUUCAUAGAGUGGAUGGAUAUUAUCUUGACGGCUACCUCAUGAACACAUGAAACUGCCCAGUGGACCGUUGAUCUUUCACAGCUAGUACGGUCUACUCAGACUGGCAGUGGCUCUCUGGGGUCUUAGGUCACUAAUCUACCUGAUCCUUUUUACUGCAGAUGCCAGGGAUUGAACCCUGGACCUUCUGCAUGCCAAGCAGAUGCUCUACCAUUGAGCCAUUGCCCAAACAGCUGAACCUCUCAAUGUUCACCCCAGUAGGACUGUUAAUUGUAGAGCGGAAAGCAAGGCUGAAACAUAGAACUGUUGUAAAGAAUUGAAGAGCAUCUGGGCAGGGGGUGGCACCAUUUUUCACCCUUCCUAAUGAGGGCUUAAUCAGAUGUACUAUGUAUUGCAGCUGCCACCUAUUACUUAUUACCACCUUCAUGUCUCGCAUCUCCCCACAGAAACCAGGCAACAGUUCAACAUGCAGAGAGCCAAAGACAUUUUUCAUGUGCAGAGAAGUCAAAGCUGCCUUAGAGGGCACCAAUGGGGAGAACCCAGAUGAAACAAGGUGGAGAAAUAGGUUGGGGAAACCAUGGCUGCUUCAUCUAUCUAGUCAGCCAAGAAUAAGAGAGGGAAGGACUCUCCAGGUUGUAAUCUGGCACAGUGUUUUCAGAUUUAUAGUUGGUUGGCAUUUGGCAAGAAUUGAUCUGUGCCCUGAAGGGAAGGCAAGAGAAGGCAAGCCCAGGCAAAGGAGCUUUUGUCAUCAGCUUUUUUAAUUUUCCAAAAAUACAGUAACUUUCAACAAUUAACAUAGUGCAAUAUUGCUAUUAGAGUUUCACAACAGUCAUUGGCUCUUGAAUGAACCAAGGGCCUGAGAUAAAGCUGCUGGGGCAGCCCCUCUCCUGCCUUCCCUGGGGUUAUCUUCAAGACCUGUGAGCCCUAAAAAGAAGGCAGGAUUCUCACUCUUCAUAGAUCCUAAGAAGACAGCCAAUAUCCUGAGACUUUUAUUACUUUGUUUUUCUUUGCCAAAUUUUAAUUGGUAAACUGUCUUGGAUGCCUUGACAGAAUGAUGGCUUAUAAAUGUAUUAAAUAAAUAAUAGCAGGAGUGACCAAAUAGAUUUCCUCCAAUGAAGGCCAACUUUUUUUUCUACCAGUGCUCCUGUACUUUUCCAGAAUUUCUCACAGAAUGCAGUACGGAAAUGGCAUGCUGAGUCUGCAGUUCUUCUGUUGCGGCACUUUCAAAAGGCACAUGAACAGAACUUGGCAACUCCAUUCCUCUGUAACGGUGUUGUUACCUAACCAUUACAGACUUCAGUAACAGCUUUGACUGUUGUUUUUGUUCUCACAAUGGAGAGCAGAUAGGCCACUGCCCUCUUGGUACUUACCUCAGAUGUUCUCACAACAGUGCGCACAUUCUGGGAAGAUGAAAAGUGGACUCUUGAGGAUUGAGGGUCCAGGACCUUGCUGCUGGGGCACUAACAAGGUUAUA